CUUUAUGAUUCACUCUGUUUAUUGCGAAAGGAGAGGGGGAAAUGAAAGGACGAGGCAGGGCUCCUGGGUUCUCCGCAAAGGGAAUUGCGGGCCUUCCAGUAAACUAGAAAAGGAGAUACAAGGACCCUGGAUUACCUGGGAGUAGGGAGCAUUAUUCCAAAUAGGGAGAGAAAAGAGAGAAGGGAAACCGAGCAUCCUGGACUCCCAAAUUAGGGGGGAGGGCUCAGACUCCUGGGUUCCCCGAGGUAGUGUAGUAUAGGCUAACUUAGGGGCAAAUUGGGUCUUAGGGAGCCUGGAGUCCCAGAUCCUGAGGGUAGAGCAGAGUUAAUUCAUCUGAUACCUGAGUGUCGGUCCCUCCCCUUCUGAAACUGGUUGGACCGCUUUCGUGGGUCUCUCACCUGGGCCACUCCUUCUUUCCUCUCUGGACCUGGGUAGGCCAUUUACCUUUCCUGCUGUCCUUUUCCUGCUUUCCUUCUUUUCUCUUAAUGCCCUUGGACUGGGUUUUGCCUUUAAGGUCAUCAUACUAGUCUCCUCGAAUUGCCCCUUCUUGGUAGUCGCCUCUGACCUGUUUUUUUAGGCCAUCCAAAACCUUUUGUGCAGUGUGCACCUAUCCUGAAGCUCUCGGCGUUUCUCCCUCCUCUUCCCUCUCCCUCUGUUCAAAGAAGGACCAGGAAGCCGAGUGAUCCGCUCGACGGGCCCCUCUGAUCCCAUGAUGGGCUCCUCGGGACUGGGCCGCUGCCGGCUGGCCUUGGCCUUUGCGGUGUUCAUGGACGCUGCUGGGACUGGGGCGCUGCUGACGGGCAUUUUUGCCAGGCUGCGGCUCCGGGGCCGAGAUUUUGGGGACCUUCUGAUAUACUCCGGAGCGGUGCUGGUGUUCCUGAGCCUGCUAGGUUGGAUCAUGUGGUACACAGGCAACAUCGAGAUCGCCCCCGAAGAGCUGGCGAGGGAUUAUGGCGCCAAGGGAGGCACGCUGGCCCGGCUGGCCAGGAAGAUCUCGCGGACCUGGUCUCGACGCCAAGGUAGCGGGCUGGCCAUGAGGACAGUAACGAACAGCCGGGAAGCAGCCUAGAGGCAGGGUUCCUUCAUGUUGAGCAGCUAUACAACAAGCAGAAAUUCAGCCAGCAGUUUUAGCCAUCACUGUGUCUCUGCCAGAAGAAGCUGCACUUGCUGUGUAUCUGCCUGCCAUGCAUAUGCUAGGAGCACUGCUUAAUAAUUGAUAAAGGAGCAACCCAAGCUG